AUGACCAUCACAGUCUUCAAUUUACUUCUGACAUUGCUCAGCCUGAUCACACUCACAACAGCAACCUCAAACCACGGCCACAACCAACAUCAACAUCCCAUCACAAUGUCCAAAUCACUCAAUGUCUUCAAACAACCCCUCGCCCUCCACUCCACCUCCCCCAUGACCGGCUACCUCCGCAACGGCUACUGCGAAGUCCCCGCCUCCGACUUCGGAAACCACGCCGUCGCAGCAGAAGUCACAGAAGAGUUCCUCGACUUCUCCGCCAAGAACGGCAACGACCUUCGAAGCAUCGGUGGCAUGAAGGGUGGCUGCAAGUGGUGCCUUUGUGCGAGCAGGUGGCUGGAAGCUUUCGAGGCGAGGGGGAAAGAGGGCGACAAGAUUGUGCCAAAGGUGUUCUUGAAUGCUACGAAUGAGAAGGCGUUGGGGAAGAUCAAUCUGGAUGAUCUCAAGGCGUUCGCUGCGGAUAAGAAGGAGUAG